AUGGCGUCCCUGAAAGCUCUGCUCGUGUCGGCCGGCGCCGUGUCCAUCGCCGUCGCUAUCGGAACCUUCGUUCCGUCGAUGUCCGACCCUCCUCGGUUCCCUCCCGCGCUUGACUCACUUCUCUCGUGGUUCAGGCCUCCCUACCUCUUCGUCGUCAUCAACGGCAUCAUCAUCACCAUCGCCGCCACCUCCAGGUGCUUCCACCACGUGCAGCCGGAGGACGUCACGGUCGCAGAGGAGAUCGUGCUCGUGGAGGCGACGCCGGCGUUCGAUGAGUUUAAGGAUUUCGAGGAGAAAAGAGUGGUGGUGGUGGGGAAUGGUGGGGGAUUCGGCGGAUUCGGCGGGGGAGAUGGAUGUAACGGUGACUGUGAAGAGGAGGGGAGGGGAGCGUUUGGGAGGUCGGCGUCAACGCCGCGGAGGCGAGUGGACUCGUCGGAGAAAGCUCUGGCUUCGCCGAGACUCGUUCGCCGGAAGGCUACUGACGGCGACCACCUUCAAGGGGGCAAAGCUUUGAGGAGAAGCGCGAGGAGAUCGAACGAAAGCAUGGAGAACGUUUGCAAGGCGAAAGCGCAGGCCGGGGCGAUGUCGAUGACGCGACGCAUGAAAGCGGACGACACCGACCGCCAGAACAGCCUUCUGGAGCCAUCACCGCGGCCUUGGAUGGGGAAAUCAGUGACGUUCAACGAUCGGACCGAUCAACCGAGGAAGGAGCGGAUCCUAGCGAAGCCGAGCCUAGGCGAGAAUGACGAGUUCAACCGCCAAGUCGAAGCGUUCAUCAACAAGGUCAAGGAAGAAAUGAGGCUGCAGAGAGAUGAGUCGAUGAAUCAACUCAAGGAGAUGGUCAAUCGUGGAACGUGGUAG